UUGACAUGGUUUCCCCAAACACCAAAGUCUGCCCAGACAUAGAUUCAUCAGGUUGCCCAUCACUGAUACUGAUGAGACUCAAAACAGAAGAAAAUGUUUGAGAACAAUACUGUGAACUCCUAAUUACUUCAUGGUUUCCUCUACACUGGACUCUCACAAAUCUUCAAAGAAACUCUCCUGCAGCCUGCUCCUCAUCUAACAAGCCUUCCUGUCCUGCCGUAGAGACCAAGGGCGUAGAAUUGGGACGCUAGGGACACGUCCCUAACCAAUAAUCAGCUGCUACAGUGUAGUCCCUGUCAGCACAACCGCUGUCCGUAUAGUGUUCAAGCAAUGAUUAUGGCACACAAAGGGUUAACAGUCGGUCUCUGCUAGAAGUCCCGCCUCUAAGCUAAGUAUCGCUCUUCGAUUGGCUGCCGGUUUCUCGCUUACGUACGUGUGAUUGGCUGUCCCCGCUGUCAGUACAUCUGCCUGUAAAAGUUACCUGUGAGUUGGACUGGACAGGAAGCAGACAGACAGUGUAGGAUAUCUGCAACCGCGGAGUGUAAGUUGUCAACAUGUUUGGCAUAUUGUACUUGGGUCACGUCGGCUGAAACAGAUUUUAAUAUCAGGGGUGUCAUUUACAUUUACAUUUGUGUAUGUGUCGGUUUGCGUGCAUAAACUUUCAGGUGGACAAUUUUGUAUCCCUACCAAUUUCAAAAUCAAACCUACUCCCUUGGUGAAGACACAUUAUUGAGGAAAACGCACAUCAACAUUGUUCAUAAGUCAGACACUAAUGGUACAAGGAUCAGUUCUAUCGGUCGUUUCAAAUACAUCAAUACGUUGGCUUUGCUUAAACAAAGAGAAGAGAUUUUUGAGUUGUCAAUAAAGGCUGUGGAUAAUUAUAGUAGCUCCAAUAGUCCCAUGCAUGCUGUUGGUAUGUUCACUAUGUCCUUGCAAACUUUAUUUUACUCAAAAGUAGCAAUUGGAGUGGGAAAACAAACAAACAAGGAGAGCAACAAACUAAACCAGAGAGGUUUAACCUGCUUGAUGGGGUUACUUCCAAUUCAGGAAACAUGUUAGGAAAGAGGAAGUAGUCCUGGUUGACAAAAUGCCUCUGCAACACAACAUUAUAAUGUUGUAACAUUGUACACUACUUCUUAUAAAGCUUUAAAGAUUGUAUGAAGAGGCCGUCUAGAGAUCACAGCAGCAUAAAACAAAUGCACUGUGUCUAUAUAAUUCACAUAUAACAAAUGAAAGUUUUCUGCUUUCUAUCUGUAUUUUUCUCAGUAUUUUAAUUCAUCUGCCUCUGAGAAGCCCACAGUGAUUGUCUGUUUCCCCGAGUUCAAAGUAUGACAAAAGGGUCUCUUGCAUAACCAGUUUUCUGUUGACAAAGAGAUAAGUACGUUUGUGCUGAGAGUCAGACUGAACAGAAAAAUCUGCCAAACUGCAUGACUAUGAUGUGUAGAAAAUCUGAUUCUAAUUAACCGUGAAAUUUUACUUUUGGUUAAAGCAGCUGACCCAGUGUGGAUUCAUUUCUCAGUGCACAUGAGUGCCAACAGGCUGCAGCAACUUAAGGGUCAUAUUUUACCUGAAAAUAAGGUAAGCUUUAAUCUUAAAAUUAUUAUAUUUAUAUUUUUUUAAUGACCAGGCUACAUUUGAGUGAGGUUUGAAACAUCAUAUCAAUGUUUUUAUUAGCUGCUCAGUUUAUGUUAUGGAAACCAUGUGAAGUCACUUUUUUAAGGCAGGAGACAAUAUGACAGGAGCUGUCAGUCCUGUCAGAAUAACAAAUUAUUCAUUUUAAUUUUGCUCACAUUUAGAAACAGGUAAAACCGUAGAGUUUCUCUUUCCUUGUACAGUUGACACUAUCUUGUACUUAAGCUACAGAGUUAUCCAGUUAUCUGAACAUAAUUUUAUUUACUGAGUACUAAACACUAAUUAGUAAACAGAAAGGGUUUACAGCAUACAUUAAUAUUGAAAUCAUAACCCUGCCUCAUGGUGUUCCGACACAGGGUUAUGUUUUGCAAACAUCAUCUCGACACAUUUUAUCUCCAUACUGUCCCACAGCUUAAGUUAAGGGAACUCCCAUACAGGCAUUGUUUUAAUAUGUGCAUACUGUACAUAUUUUUCUCUGGUUCUUAUUGAGAGGCACUCCUGUAACAUUCCAUUGAAAACUGUGAACACAUGGUGACAUGUUGGAAAUUAAUAGGGUUAUCCUCUUAAUGUAAGAGUAAUGUUUGUUUUCUUGAUAAUGGAAUUAGAAAAAAAGAGCUGCAGAUAACUAUGUUUUUGCUUUAAAAUAAUAUUAUCUUUAAUCUUUUUCAUUAAAUCUCUUUUUUUUACUGUAGAUCACAGGGAUGGCAGGCUCGCCUAGUCCUCUGACUACCCAUGUACUGAACACUGCCAUGGGUGUCCCAGGUUCAAACAUGGCACUCAAUCUCUAUCAACAAGACCCAUCCACUAACGCCUGGAGGUUGAUAACUGCAGGGUAUGACAGUCAGACAGAUUAAAAAAACACACAUUCAAAAUUUAUUAUCAUCAUCUGUAAAAUGUAAUUCAGCUGCAAAAUCAGUUUAUUCAUAAUAUUUUUGACUUAACAGAACCACCAAUGAUGAUGGACGCUGCCCAGGACUCAUCACAAAACAAAUGUUUACACCUGGUGUGUAUAAAAUGCACUUUGAGACCGCAAAGUAUUGGGAGAGUAUUGGAGAGACCAGCUUUUACCCCUAUGUUGAAGUGAGGAAAAUCUAAAUUUGCAUACUUGUGGUAUAUAAAUACAUAUUUUUUUACAAUUAUCUUUUGAUAACUACCUGCAUCCCACUUGCAAUACCUUUUAACACCGAUCACCUUUUUGUGUUUGGUUUCAGAUUGUUUUCACAAUAACUGACCCUUGUCAGAAGUACCAUGUCCCUCUGCUGCUGAGUCGUUUCUCCUACAGCACAUACAGAGGGAGUUAAGAGAUCAGCCUACCUGCUGAGAAAACCUCCAUCUACCACCCGAUGUGAUGCAGAGGCAGCUCUGACAAAAACAUCUACCCAAGUUACUGUUAGAAAGUCUAACUUUCUCUAAGCAUUUUAAUUAUUUUUAUGUUAUUAAACAUUGAUAUUUCGAA